AACAUUAGUGUAAUACAUUUCAUAGCUUUCAUACGAUGUUAUCUAUAUAUUUAUUUGAUGGCCUCUGUUGAACGCUAUUGUGAGGACACGGCCUUGUAUCUUCUUCACAUGCUUAUUUGUAAACAUAAUUUUCGUUCGAAACAACGUGGAACUUAAAAUAUUCGCUCGUAUAUAAUAACCAAAUCGGUGAUUUUCCACCGAUUGCACUGCGCCCAUCUCAUCGGGGUGUCCGCCUUGUUCGAGGGGCUGGUCGUAGAGGUCCGAUGCGUCACAUUUAUUUGGGCCCUCUGCAUCCCGUUGGCAGGGAAGCGCCCGAAUUGUAACGCCCGGCCGUAAAACGUCUUAAAUACUUUUUUUUUUUUUUUAAACCAGUCUGGAUCUUCGGGAUAGCAAGGCAUCGAAGGGGGCAAACGCGACGCAAAGUAGGUUGACGCCAAUGCUGCGUUCAGUUAAUGCAAUCGCUACAAUGUCGCGUGCUAGUAAACACUUGCACCGGGUUUAAGGUUGCGCUGCGUAUCAUAUGCGUGCCUUUCAGCAGACGCUAUGUGAUUUGGCUUAAUGUCUUUUAUUGGAUGCGCGAGUCGCGAGACCGAUGAAAAAUAGCGAAUGCACGCGAGCACAUUGAUAAGAGAAGGGCAUUAGCAGCGCCGGCUAACACUGGCUGCAAGUGUACAUCGGUAUGCAUUUGGAGAUUAUACAGUGUAAUUUCCUGAAGACACAUUCAGACGUUACCUUUGGAUUGGUAUCUAAUUUAAAACUUCACUUUGUUGAACACUCACACCAUGAACAAGUUCACCCAAAAGUCUUGAACCUUCCUGCCAAACUUCAUAAGUAUAGUCCAUUGCCUUUCCAAUGAACUGACCAUCACACAUUGGGACGUUUUUGUGUGAAACCAUACAUGUACAGUGGAAGAAUGACUGAAGCAUGGCAGCAGCAGCAUGCAGUCGCCCCUCCUCCUGUUGGGCACCCCCUUCUACAAACGGCUGAGAAUGCCCUAGGCAGUGCUGCAUAUGGUAUUGUCCUACAAGCAGACCCUGCGUUACAACAGUCCCAGCACGGCCAACAUGCCCAGCAGCACCCGCUGCCAGCCCAGCAGCCUUCGCUACAGGUCGGGAGCGAAGGCGGCCACAAAUGUGGCGCAUGCGGCCAUGAUAUAUCGCACUUGGCCAAUCCCCACGAGCAUCAGUGCAUGGUUAACCAGGAUCGCUCUUUCCAGUGCACUCAGUGCAUGAAGAUUUUCAGCCAGGCAACUGAUCUUCUAGAGCACCAGUGCGUCCAGGUUGAGCAGAAACCGUUUGUAUGCGGCGUUUGCAAAAUGGGAUUCUCUCUUCUUACGUCUCUGGCACAACAUCAUAAUGAGCAUACCACAUCAAACAAUCCCAUGAAGUGCUCUAUUUGUGAGAAAACGUACCGGCCUGAUUCGGCAUCUUCUACCCCUCAGCAGCCCUCAACUGGAGAGACAUCCAGCGAUGGGGCAGCUAUGGGCUCUUCUUCGUCUACAGCUUAUCAGGGCUCUGACCGUCCAUAUAAGUGCUCCGUGUGCAACAAGGCGUUCCGCCACCUUUCCGAACUCUCACGUCAUGAAAGAGUGCACACAGGUGAGAAGCCCUACAAGUGCGACACCUGCGACAAGAGCUUUAGUCAGGCUUCUCACCUGGCACAUCACCAGCGUACUCACAGUACAGAUCGCCCUUAUAAAUGCGCUGUUUGCGAGAAGACCUUCAAGCACAGGCAGCACCUGGUACGGCACAUGUACGCUCACUCUGGCGAGCACCUUUUCAAGUGCAACCUGUGCGAGCUUCAUUUUAAAGAGUCCUCCGAACUUCUGCACCACCAGUGCCAGCCUGCAGGAGAGCGUCCGUUCCGUUGCACCGCAUGCGGAAAAAGCUUCAAACGACCCUCGGAUUUGAGGCAGCACGAGCGCACCCACUCGGAAGAGCGCCCCUUCCAGUGUGAGGAGUGUCAGAUGAGUUUUAAACAGCAGUAUGCACUUGUUCGCCACCGUCGUACGCACAAAAACCCGGCGGACCGCCCUUUCAAGUGCAAUCAGUGCGACAAGGGCUUCCUGCAACCGUCUCACCUGCUGUACCACCAGCAUGUCCACGGUAUCGAGAGUCUGUUUAAAUGUGCUGCAUGUCAGAAAGGCUUCAGACAAUCUGGGGAACUGCUAAGGCACAAGUGCGCAGAAUCCAACUCUGGAUCGAAUGCUCCAGAAAAGCCUUACAAGUGCGACGUGUGCGGAAAGGGCUACAAAAAGUCGUCGACGUUACAGCGGCACCAAAACUCCCAUUGCACAGAAAAGCCGCUCAAAUGCUCGCUCUGUGGCCGCCGCUUCCAAUCCUCAUCCGAUUUUGUGCAGCACCGCUGCGACCCAGCCCGUGAGAAGCCAAUGAAAUGCGCAGACUGCGAACGACGCUUUAAGUAUUCCUCAGAGCUCCAGAGACAUCGUAGAGUCCAUACCGGAGAGAAACCCUUUAAGUGUCCCACCUGUGACAAAGGGUUCAAACAGCGUGAACACCUGGCCAAACAUGGCAUCGUCCAUUCCCGUGAAGCUCAGUUCAAGUGCGUUUGGUGUGGAGAGUGUUUUGGCGAGCUUGGGGCCCUUCAGGAACAUACGGUUCAACACACGGCAGAAGGAGGGGGUUAUUCUGGAUCUUCUUGCAUAGAGUAGUUGCUUCUUGCCUAAUGACAAUAUACUAUGCACACAUUGGCAUCGUUGCAAUUUUUCUUACAUUUAGUGAAACCGUUAAUGCAAGGUUUACAUAUCCCACAACAGUUGCGGUUCAUGUUGCACUGGUAAGGAACUACAAAAAAGUGAUAGCUUGUAAGAGUCUUGACGUUUAUGAGCAGAUAUUGGUGAUGUUUUGACCAUUCCAUGGACAGAAACUUGACUUUGUUCUGAACCAACUAUAUUGACAAACAGAAUCGUACACUAUAUAAAAAAUAAGCUUGUCAUAAUGAACAGUUUUGUUUCUUGUGCUACUCAUUAUGAUACAGUUCUCCACAUGCUAUGCUUUAACAUUGGUUUUCUUACAGAGAAGACCAAUUGGAUCAUAAAAGAACUACGUUCACACUAAUACGUUUUCGUUUAAAAAAGGCAUUGAUUAUGCUACGUUUACGCCUCUCAUCCACACUUAAAUGCAGUUUUCCUCCACCGAAAACACUCUCCAUAAUCGCAUACUUUGAUGUUAGGAAACCGAAAACAGAGGUUUCAAACCUAAACAGAUUAGUUUGGACGUGGCCUAAAAUAAAACAAGAAUGAAAUGCAGUAGCGCAGCUAUCAGUGCAAGGUUUUCAGAUUGAUUUCAAUUGGUUUGCAAGAUAUUAAGCGUUAAAACUUGAUAGCCACCACCCUGAAUCUGCGCAUUAGUCUUUAUACGACUGACCAGAACUUGACAUCUCAUUGCAUUUGUUUUCUUUUAUUAGUUAUUUGGCCUUUCAAAUUAACUGCCUUCUAGUGCUCUCCAUCUACAAUCUCAUGCUUCCAUGUGUAUGUAUGGCACACUGUAUCUAGACAAUAUAGUGAUUGUAGGUAUUCGUAAUGUAUAACUUCACCACAUAACCCAAUGAUGUAACGGUAUAUGUAUGCAUGAAUAGCCUAAAUAAUUUUUACGGUUUGUUGUAAUCAUUGGUGCGUACUGCGUUGUUAACUUGUAGGAUAAAGACUACACAAAAUUUAUUUUUUAUCCAGUGAAUUUAGACUCAUCUCUAACAAUAACGCAAUAGUUUGCAAGCAGUUGUAAGAGUAAAUUUACAGUGACUUAAGAACUGCCAGGCAACAGACAAAUAACAAUGAAGUAUUUUUGUUUGCAGUUUGCAAACAGAUGGUGUUGUGUUAAUGAAACAAUGCUGUAGAAUUUGUAAAAUUAUCUGUAUAUGGAUGUUUUGUAUUGCUUUGACUUGAGUACAGUGGUAGGAAUUAGUAUCUGUUGUGGAUCUGCAUCAUAAGCUGUAGACUGUGCAUCUGUGAUUACAUUUCUUCUCUUGCAAAGAUGCAUUAUUUCUGUUUUGGUGAAUUGUUCUUUUGCCACAGAGAACUUGUUCAUUUUAUCUUCCACUAAUUCUUUGUUUGCUCUUUGCUUCAGUAGCAAAAUGUUACGGAUGCCAUACAUAGUUGGUAUUUCAUUUUUUUGCACACAUUGGUUCCAUUGAUAAUAGAACUUUUAAUUUGGCUAAAAUACUAAAACCAUGGAUAUAUGUGCAGAUUUUGAGAUAAAAUUGCAACGUAGGCAAUCAGAAGCUGUUAUAAAUAUAAAAAUCAUUUGAAUAAUAUUCAAGAGAACUAGUACUGGCAAUAUGUUAAAAACAAAAUCUAUAAACAAGUAUUAAAUAGUGGUAGAGUGUUUUAUUCCAUCUUUAAGAUCUUCAAAAACUUGUAUGAUACAGUAUCUAAAUAACUAAAGCAUUUUAAUUGAAUCCAUAUUAAUGAUAGAUUAUGAUCCUAACAGCUUGAAUGUAAACAUUGGAAACAUUUCUCCCUUUUGAUGCCUCUGAAAGCCUUAUUAAUUAUUAUCAUUUAUUCUGUUGCAGUUUCAUGUAUGUUCAUGUGCAUUAAAUGCAGUUAGAGACUGAAUUGUGUUAUUGCUUGUGAAGCAAUAUUCUUGAUGUCAAGUCAAUUAACAGGUUUAACAGAAUCAUUUGUUCUUUUGCAUUUGAGCAAGAACAAAUGUUAUCCCUGCCAUUUAACUCCUGUAUGUUACUCAACCCUUCCCUUUAAACCUCUUUAUGUGUGUCCCAGAGAAGGCAGUGAAGAGACUGACGUUGUAAAUAUGCCAUAAUGUAUUUUUUUUUUCAUUAUCAAAGAUGUGUGGCAUGUCAUAACCUCACAAGGCAUUUUAAAAAAAAAAUAAAUGUUUGUA